UGCUUCUUUCUUCAGUUUGAUGAUUGCAAAUGCAUUCAAUAAUUUAGUUUUAAUUAUAUUUUUGUUUAAUAGAGUGCGCUUUAAUUACGUUUUAAAAAGGGUGUUUACUUCCGGUGGGGGGUGCAUAUUAAUGAGCAGAUAAGCACCACCCCCUGCGUUCCCAUUGGUCGGUUUCGGGUGCGUCUGCAGACUAUAAUAAUCGAGACACCGCUGCAACUGUUAUCAGACGACCAGAAGCAACGAAGAAGUCAACUUUAGCAGUCAACAAUGAUGAACAGCAUGGAAACAAAGGUGUACAUCCAAAUCGACACGCAGGAGAAGCAAGAGAGCGUCAGAAACGGACGGAAGAAGUUUCACGAUCUGCAGCACGAUGGCAAGGACAAGGAAAACCUGGUCGGAAGACCGAAAAUCGAGAAGGAAACGAAACUACUAUUGACGAACGCUGAGUCUAAACUAAGAGUCGCGCACGCUAAAGACCAUUCGAUAACUGCAGAAGACUUGACCUGCGAUGUUACCAGUGAAAAGUAUUGGAAACUUUUGGCCGAGAAGCGGAGCGUCACGCUGACCGAGAACUGCAGGGAGAUCGAGAGUCUGAAGGAGGAAGUCGAGCGCUUGAGAGAGGAAAACAAGACUUGCAUGGAGAUGCUCGAGGAGAGCAGACAUUUGGUGCAACUUCUGCAGGAAAUGAUGAAUGAAGAGUCUGAAGCAGAAUCUUAA